UAACCCUCAUCCACAUUUAUGUGGUCAUAAGUUAUAGUACCAAGUAAUUAAGAUCCUGAGCAUAGUAAACCAGAAACUAAGAAGGUAACCGAGAAUCUCCUGCUUCCCAAUCUGAUCAAACCCAUCCGGCCACUUCCUAGAUUCUGUACAAAAGAUCUCCUUUUUUGGGCACACACCUUGCCCCAUCUGGGGUUCUUAUUCCCUUCUCCACUUCAACUGUUUCUACCUCAAAAUCUUGACUUUAUGCCUAAUUUUACUUUUCCUGGAUUAUCUCCAUGUGGGUAUUCUUUUGACUCCUCAAGGUUUCAUUCGGGCAAGUGAAAAAAUAACAUGGAUGAUGGUGAGAUAGAGAUUCCAGACCAGGGUUUUCUAUCAAAUCCCUAUCCUUCCAGUACCAUUCAGACAUCUUCAUCAAUAGACUCAUUUCUUGAUGAAUUCUUGAAAAAAACAAGAACAUGCACUCACAACCACACGUGCAACUCUCCAGGCCCCUACUCAGCCCACACCCACACAUGCUACCACACCCACACCCGGUUAUUUCCCUCCGGAGAAGAAAAUCCAGUGGGAAGACAACAGAGGCCUUUAGGGAACAGAGAAGCGGUGCGAAAGUACAGAGAGAAGAAGAAAGCACACACGGCUUACUUAGAAGAGGAAGUCAAGAAACUGAGGCUGUUGAACCAGCAGUUGGUUAGGAAACUACAAGGGCAGGCGAUUCUCAAAGCCGAAAUCUCGAGGCUGAGAGGGUUAUUGACAGAUCUCAGAGGGAAGAUUGACGGUGAAUUGGGUGUUUUCUCAUUGUGCAAUCCUACUUCUAGUUUUAAGGAAGGUGGUUGUGGGUUGGACUCGAAUGGGAGUGCAUUGGUGUUAGAGUGUGGGAAUGAGGUUCCAUGCUUUCAUCCUUAUUUGGGUGCAUCUGUGGUGGCUAGUGGUGGUGGUGGAGGUGGGAAGAUAGCGGACCUAGCUGUUCCAUGGGAAGAGAAUUGUCAACCGACGGUGAUCAACUGUCGAGCUAACACAAAUGAUGUAGUGAGUGCUGAAGAAAUCUGAAGAGGAAGAUCUCAUGUUCUU